AUGAUCAAUGAUGUAUCAUGGAAACACCGUAACGAAAGCUACCCAGCAGAAUUCAUCUUACUGGGAAUGGCUAAUCACCCUCACUUGGAGCUGUUGCUCUCUGCAGUAGUCUUGAUUGGUUAUGUAAUGACCUUGCUUGGAAACACAACCAUCGUUGUUGUGUCAUGCCUAGAUCCCCAUCUCCAAACCCCCAUGUAUUUCUUCCUCAGUAACCUUUCCUUUCUUGACCUCUGUUACACAACCAGUCUUGGUCCCCAAAUGCUGGUGAAUUUCUGGACAAAAAGAAAGACCAUCAGCUAUGUCGCCUGUGCAGUCCAGUUGUACGUCUCUCUUGGUCUGGGCUCAACAGAGUGUGUUCUUUUGGCAGCCAUGGCUUAUGACCGCUAUGCAGCAUAUCCUGGGCCAGCCCCUAAGCUACACCACACCAUCAUGAGCCAUUCCGUGAUGUUCCAAAAUGGCUGGUUUCUCCUGGGUGGUUGGCUUCCAGCCAACUCACUAGUGCAGUCCGCAAUGACUCUGAGUCUCCCAUUGUGUGGACACAACAAAAUUGAUCAUUUUUUCUGUGAAGUACCGACACUGCUCAGACUGUCCUGUGUGGACACAUCUGUCAAUGAGGCUGAGCUCUUGGGUGCUAGUGUGGUCAUCCUCCUUAUCCCUCUGAGCCUCAUCAUAAUAUCGUAUUUCUACAUCACAAGAAAUAUACUGAGGAUCCGCUCAGUUGAAGGCAGGCGUAAGGCUUUCAACACCUGUGCUUCCCAUGUCACUGUGGUGUCUCUCUUCUAUGGCUCAGCCAUUUUUAGUUAUGUCCAGCCCCCUUCUAACUACUCCCGUGACCAAGGCAAGAUGAUGUCUCUGUUCUAUACCAUGGUGGCUCCAAUGCUUAAUCCUUUAAUCUACACACUGAGGAACAAGGAAUUCCACAGAGCUGUGAAAAGAGUAAUGGGUAGGGAACCAAGAUCUUAG